CGGCUGGGUCCCCCGCUACCCCGACACCAUGUUCCUCCUCUGUCUCUCGCGCGCGCCCCACUACUACUACACCUCGUGCGUGUCAGCGCCCCACACCUGUAUAUAUAUAUAUAUAUCGUCUUGCAUUGCUCUCGAUCGUGGAUUGCAGAAGAUGAUGCUGCAGUGAUCCCGUCCACUAGCUGGUGAAUUGGAGAGACGGAUGGAGCUCGAGCUCGGCCUCAGGCUCGCGCUGCCGUCGCCGUCGCCGUCGCCGGCGACGGCGACGGCGGCUGGGAGUGAGCUUGACCUUCUCAACAGCGCGCCGGGGUCCUGCCGCAAGAGGGGCUUCGAGGAGGCGCUCGGUGGGUUCAAAACCGACGACGACAACGACGACGGCAAUGGCCGCGGCGGUGACGGCGAUUCCGACGGCGAAAUGGGCAACAAGAGGAGGAAGCUGGUGGGGUGGCCACCGGUGAAGUGCUUGCACCGGCGGCGCGACGGUGGCUGCGGUGGCGGAUAUGUGAAGGUGAAGAUGGAGGGGUUGGCCAUCGGGAGGAAGCUGGACUUGUCCAUCCUCGGCUCAUACGCUGAGCUGCUCGACACGCUCCACCUUAUGUUCCCCUCCACUAACCAAGAGGAUGGGCACGAUCGUCGUCGACGUCACCCAUACGCUGUCACCUACGAGGAUGGGGAAGGAGACUGGAUGCAGGUCGGAGACGUGCCAUGGGAGGCCUUUGCCAAGUCGGUGAAACGGCUCAAGAUACUGGUGUAACUGACUGCAAAUUAAGCUACUAGUACUAGUCUUUACUACUUCGAAUAAAAUUGUACGUGAACGGGAUUAUUUUGUUCACGUUUCUCUCAUCAUAAAUGUGUAGUGUUUCAGCAAUUUCAUAAGCAUGACGAAUGAAAUCUCGUAGCUGUUGUCAUCAAUCACCUUGCAUUUCGUGUCAAACUACAUCUGUGGCCAGCGCACAGUAGUGUUAGUAUAGUGUACACCGUAGAGUCACCUCGCUGUGAUCAGCACGUGCAUGCAUCUGUAUAAUACACCGCCACAUAUGCACAGGAUGGUACUGAAUACUGAGCAUAUCCUGUACGGGGAGUUCAGAUAUGGGUGUUAUGGCCUACCAAAGUGAAUCUUAUCACAUUUUUUUAA